AUGGCGGCAUCACUGUUUACUUUCUCCUCCACCUCAAGAAGAGUCAUCCCAGCUCCAAACUCUCCUCCUCUUCCCAUAUACAUCAAAGCCACAAAUGUCGUCUUCAACCCUGAUAUACCAGAUGUUCAUCGCGGUCUUGGAAUUGAUGAUUUUGUCAAUUUUCUAGUAUCUUGCAGACUUCGAUAUGCUAUCAGUGAGGUUCCAUCAGAGUUCUUUCCCGAACAUGUAUGUGAGUUAUAUUACACGGCAACAGUCAAUAAUGAAAACAACAUCAUCUCCAGCACUAUUGGGCAUGGGCGUCGCUCAAUUUUCAUCAACGCUGAUCUCCUCCGUACUGCACUCAUGUUACCAAUUUUCGAACCAUUCUCUGAGCUUCCAACUAUUGAACGAUGUCAACGCCUCUUUGACCAACUGGGCUAUGAUCACUCCAAGGCUGGUGCUCGACCAGCUCUCAUUCUACAUCAAUGUAUGACUCCUGGAUGGAAGUUCUUCACCGGGGCACUUUGUAAGUGUGUAGGUCACAAAUCUCACAGUGGUGAUCAACUGAGUGCUUUUGAGCAACAAGUGGUAUGUUCGCUUCUCCUCAACAAACGUGUUGAUUAUGGGGCUUUCUUCUUCGAUCAGCUUGUCCAACUUCUUCGAGCCAAUGUAAGAGCUGAUUAUGUUCCAUUUCCAUGCUUGAUUGCUCUUGUCCUGGAUAAAUUUCAUGCUGAAGCCUAUUACUCACACACUGGAAACCCCAUCCAAUGCUCACACAUUGGUCAUAUCUCUCCUCAACUUUCCCAUCAUACUAUUUUGGUCACUAAAAGGUUUCAUUUAGCUCAUGAGGAGUCAUCUGCUCAGGGGAAGCAACCAUCUCAGGUGGAGCAACCAUCUCAAGGGGAGCAACCUUCUCACAGGGAGCAGCAUCGAUCACAAGAAAUUCCAGGUACACAGCUCAUUCAAAUUCCAACCUCAGGGUUUAAUGAGCUUCUUACACUGACUCGAGAUAUGAGUCAGCAUCUUCUACGUAUUGAAGCUGAUGUAAACCAACUAAAGGGAGUUAUUCUGUCAACUCCUUCCCCUGGCCCAAAGGAUGAUGAUGGUCAAAAAGGUGGAGAAACUGAUUCUGUUCAUAGAACCGAGCCACCAUAG